GAUACACCUCAGAGUACCACACCCAUCUUUGAAGUUUCCUCUUCUCUUCCUCACACUGACAUUUUCGUGAUGCACAUAUAUGUUACACAACUACAAGAACACCAUUUGUACUUUCUGAGAAUAUACAUACCUGUCUGGUGGGUAAUGAAUUUGCUAGGAUUUGUCCCCUUAGUCUUAUUCCAUCAUUUCCAGUCUCCUAUUUUUCCCCUGACACUCAGGUGCUCCUUCAGGCUUCCUGUUUGCCUUUUGUUGGGCAACUAAGAAGCAGGAGAAACUCUAUUUACCUGCAACAACCUAGUAUAUGCUUUGUACCACAUACCAGGGAUACCAUCUCAACUGAGAAAAGAAGUAUUUUCAUGGAGUAUUAUGGGAGAAUUAAAAUGUAUAAAAUACGAUUGUAUGGUUUAUUUCCUUGAAAGUACACAUUUGCAUGGAGAAACUAACUUAAUCUGGGAGAGACGCCUCCCUGAGGUACUUGGGAAUCUUAAAGCUGAGCUCUGAAGGAUUAUAAAUGGUAUGUUUCAUGGGGAGAAUAAAUUGGUCAGAGGGCUCAAAGAUGUUCCUGAGGGAUGCGGAGAGUGAAGCUGAAAACCCAGGAUGCCUAGAACAAGAGAAGAGAUGGAUUACAACUGACUGAGGACAGAAAAGGUAAGUUUGAGGGCUUCAUCAUGAUAGGCCUUAAAAUCAAUGGUAAGUAUUUGGGCUUAACCGGAAGUACAUGGGAAGCCACUGAGACGUUUGCAUCACAAAAAUGACAUGAAGAUCACGUGCACAUUUGUAGAAAUCAUCUGGCUUCAAGGUGCAGAGGGCAGGGUAGGCACACCUGGUGUGGGGAGACCACCUUAAGUUUGGGUGAGAGGUGGUUUGGCUUAGAGCCCCAGCACUGGAAGACAUGAAGGGGGCAUGUUGGAGUAUUGCCAAGGAGGGAGACCUCACAGAACUUGCUCCCUCUUUUACUAGUUUGCUGACUGAUUCAGACCAGACAUGAUGAAUCACAUGAUGAGGAGAAGUGAGCAGAAUAUCCAAAUGUUGUCCAUUUGUUCAAUCCAUCCGCAAGUGUUGAUACUCAGCCUAUUUGGGACAGACUCAUGCCAGACUCUGGCACUUCAGAAGUGAGUGGUAUAAUCCCUACUGAAUGAGAACUCCUGUUACCUGGAACGUAAGGAAAUGUGCUUAGCAAACUAGCUGCCUAUGCUUGUGGGGGAAUGCUGCCUGGGGAGGGGCUGACAUGGCAGAGUGGGCCCCUGGAGCUGGGUUGGUAUUCUCCUGGCCCAUAUGAAGGCCCCAGUGAUCCAGUCUGGUGUUCAAGCCUACAAAGACCUAGAGAUCCCCUUUUUCUGAAGGAUUCGUGUGUGUAGACCCACAUUUUACAAAGCUCAGGGACUUCACUUGCAUCUAUACUGAUGUGGGAACCGAAGCAAAGCACUGCUGUUCCCUCAAAUCUGGUUCAGAAAAAAUUUACAAUGGGAGAGGACUAUAGCAGGGACCCAAAUACUAGAAAGUAUGUGAUCAGCAAAUUCUUCUCCCUGUAGGCAAACCUACAUGGGAAAUGAAAGCAUAAUGAGGAGGUUGAUGGGUGAGUAUAAAAUCAGAACCAAAAGGUGUAGAAGAACCUUGAUAGCACUGACCUUCAAGAUAGCCUAGUGCUAACACCUGGUUAUAGUGAUGUCAUUGCUAUGGCAAUUAGAAGACCAGACUCCUUAUUCAUUGCCCCUGCUCGCCACCAUCUCCAUCCAGGCUAAGUCUGAUUAGAGAUCUUUUGCCUGUAGAUGAUUAGAUUAGCCAUGCAUUGUGGCUUAAACUCCUGUGCCUCUAUCCCCUAAUAUAAAUAAGAUCAGCUGGUCAUUCAGAUAAGAUAAAAUAUGUCAUGCUGGUCUGGAAGGCAUUUUGUGUCUUUAAAGUAGCCGUGUCUUAGUGCUGAUCAUGAAACUGAACUCUUAGCUAUUAUUUCCUCUCUUUCUGAACUUUUGGGGAAAUCCCUCAAGAAUGGACAACAAUAAAGAGAUUUGGCUGCAGUGUGGUAAGUGCUAAGUUUAUACUGAGUAGAAGAAGCCCAGGAUGUUAUAAAGAUGACCUGAAAGUAUUACUAGACCAGAGUGUAAAGGCCUUUACCUGAGUGUUAAGGUUACAGGUCAUUCAUUCCUUGCUCACAUUCCCAUGUAAGAUUACCACCCUCACCCCCACCCCCCACAAAAAAAGAUCCCACUGUCCCAUAUAUAUUCCUUUGUUGUUCUUGAGUGGACCAGGUUACACACUUAAACUUAGGGAGGUAAGACAAGAGUCCCAGUUAAAAUAUCUAUGUCCUAGAGAAGCAUCCACUUUUUAAGUUGUCCCACUAUAAAGGCAUAUACCUUUGUUAUAAGUAUCCCAGCUGACCCUUCAGCAUAUGUGAGUUUGAGACCCACUACUAAGAGAAAUCAGGCUGCAGUAGGUUCUUUUCAGAGUCAGAUUUUGUGUAAGGGACACAGACUGAUGACCCUGUCAGUGUUAGGGCACUUAAACUUGGAGGUGAGGUUAGGCGUGGGACUGGGACAACACUGGACUCCAUGAACACACUGAAGUAGAGAAUGCCGGUCUGCAGAAAGAGGCAGGAGACUGGAACAAACAAGAAGAGAGGAGAGACUGCACACCUGAGAGAUGACAAGAGUAACCUCCUCGGUUCCUGACUUUAAAGUUCUCAAUUCCAGCCCCCUUUAAAGGAGGCAGGCCUUCCCAGCAAGGGGAGAUCAGUUGAUCAUCCCUGAAACGCUCAAGCCCUUGGGUGUGAGCAAAACAGACAACUGUGAAAAACUCACCACUCCGUUGGAGAGUUUCAAGAUGUACCAUCACGAAGACGACACCAACAGUGACAUGAACAGUGACGACGACAUGAGCCGAAGUGGGAGAGAAACCCCACCCCCUCGACCAUCUCAUGCUUUUGGCAGUGAGCGAGACCUGGAGCGCAGGGGCAGAAGCAGAGAUGUGGAGCCUCGAGACCGCUGGCCAUACACCAGGAAUCCCAGAAGCAGGCUGCCUCAACGGGAUCUUUCUCUUCCUGUGAUGUCAAGACCACAUUUUGGACUGGACAGAGAUGAUGACAGACGUUCCAUGGAUUAUGAGUCUCGAUCCCAGGAUGCCGAGUCAUACCAGAAUGUUGUGGAACUCAAAGAGGACAAGAAGCCUCAGAAUCCAAUUCAGGACAACCUGGAGAACUACAGAAAGCUGCUCUCGCUGGGAGUCCAGCUUGCCGAAGAUGACCGACACUCUCACAUGACACAAGGCCACUCAUCGAGGUCCAAGAGAACUGCCUACCCAAGCACCAGCCGAGGUCUCAAACCCAUGCCUGAGGCCAAAAAGCCAUCCCACAGGCGUGGGAUCUGUGAGGACGAGUCUUCUCAUGGAGUGAUAAUGGAAAAAUUCAUCAAGGAUGUGGCUCGCAACCCCAAAUCCGGAAGAGCAAGGGAGCUGAACGAGCGUCCUCCUCCAAGGUUCCCCAGGCCUAAUGAUAACUGGAAGGACAGUUCCUCCAGCAGAAGAGAGUCAGUGAUCCAGGAGAGGGGUUAUGAAGGGAGCGCAUUUAGGGGCGGCUUCCGGUUCAACGCAGACCUGGCUUCCAGAAGCAGAGCUCUAGAAAGGAAGAGGCGUUACCACUUUGAUUCUGAUGAGCGGGGUUCGGGCCAUGAGCAUAAAAGCUGUGUGAGGAAGAAGCCUUUUGAGUGUGGUGCUGAGAUGAGACAGGCUAUGAGCAUGGGCAACCUGAACAGCCCUUCCUUCUCUGAGUCGCAGUCAAUCGAUUUUGGGGCCAACCCAUACGUGUGUGAUGAGUGCGGGAGGCAGUUCAGUGUCAUCUCUGAGUUUGUUGAGCACCAGAUCAUGCACACUAGGGAGAACCUCUAUGAAUAUGGAGAGUCCUUUAUUCAUAGCGUGGCUGUCAAUGAGGUGCAAAAAGGUCAGGGUGGGGGGAAACGCUUUGAGUGUAAGGAAUGUGGAGAAACCUUCAGUAGGAGUGCUGCCCUGGCAGAGCACCGCCAAAUCCAUGCUAGAGAAUAUCUUGCAGAAUGUAGAGAUCAGGAGGAUGAGGAGACCAUCAUGCCUAGCCCGACCUUUAGUGAGCUGCAGAAGAUGUAUGGCAAAGAUAAGUUCUAUGAGUGCAAGGUGUGCAAGGAGACCUUUCUGCACAGUUCCGCCCUGAUUGAGCACCAGAAAAUCCAUGGUAGAGGCAACUCAGAUGACAGAGAUAAUGAGCGUGAACGCGAACGUGAUCGUCUACGUGCACGUGCACGAGAGCAGCGUGAGCGCGAACGUGAACGGGAGCGUGAGCGUGAGCUUGGGGAACCCUUUCUGACCUGUCCAAACUUCAAUGAGUUUCGGAAGAUGUACAGGAAAGACAAAAUCUAUGAGUGCAAAGUGUGUGGGGAGAGCUUUCUUCAUCUCUCAUCCCUGAGGGAGCAUCAGAAAAUCCAUACUAGAGGAAACCCAUUUGAAAAUAAGAGCAGGAUGUGCGAGGAGACCUUUGUCCCUAGUCAGUCUCUCCGACGGCGCCAGAAAACUUACAGAGAGAAGCUGUUCGACUUUAACAAUGCCAGGGAUGCACUGAUGGGAAACUCAGACUCCAGCGAGCAUCAGAAAAACCGUUCCCGAAGGAACUUCUUUGAGGGCAGAGGAUUUGAGAAACCCUUCGUUGAAUCUCAGAAGAGUCAUACUAUAACAAGACCACCUGAAAACAAAGACGAUGACAAGCCGUUCACCAUCAGUGUCAACCCUAAUGACAAGCUGAAAUUCCCCAUCAUGGAAAAUGGCUCCCAGGGCAAAUCCUAUGAGAGGUCUGUUAUUCAUAGCUUGGGCUCCGCAGAAGCUCAGAAGAGUCAUGGUGGACUGGGGUUCAGUAAACCAAGACCAGUGGCAGAGUCUAGCACCCAGAGCUCAAGCAGCAUUUACUACCCCAGAGCACACUCUGGAGGCAACACCUAUGAAGGAAAAGAAUACAAGGACUCUAUCAUCCAUAGCUUGCCAGCUCCUCGACCUCUGAAACGUCAUAGAGCAAAUGACCAUAUUCAAUGUGAUGAGGGGGGAGAAUCCUCCAUUUAUAUCCCAGAUAUUAUUAAUAAGGGAAGGAAGAUUCCUGCCAGAGAAGAUGCUUAUGAAGGAAGUAGCAGCAGCAACUACCACACACCAAAUGUAUCCCGUGCUGAGCCUCCAAGUCUUUCUGGAGAGUCCCAUGACUCUAAGCAGGAUGUCACGUUUUCAGUUCCCAGCUCAAGUGUUCGUGAACACCAGAAAGCUCGUGCCAAAAAGAAGUACAUUGAGCCCAGGAACAACGAGACCUCUGUUAUCCACUCCCUACCUUUUGGUGAGUUGCUUGCAGGUCACCGUAGGGCAAAGUUCUUUGAGUGUCAGGAAUGCGGGGAGGCCUUUGCUCGUAGGUCUGAGCUCAUUGAGCACCAGAAGAUUCAUGAUAGAGAAAGACCUUCUGGAAGCCGACAUUAUGAGCGCUCUGUCAUCCGCAGCCUUGCGCCCAGUGACCCUCAGACCAGUUAUGCCCAAGAACGUUUCAUCCAAGAACAAGUGCGUAAAUUCAGAGCGUUUGGACAACGCUCAACUACCAGCAACAACCUCAGUGUACAGAAAAUCUAUGCCCAAGAGACAUUUAAUGCCGAGGAGCCCCAUGAUAAAGAAACUCAUGGUCAAAAAAUUCAUGACAAAGAGCCAUAUGGUAAGGAGCCCAGUGGCAAGGAGCCCCAUGGUGAUGAGCCCCAGGACAAAGAACCCCUUGAUCAGGAGAUGCGCAGUGAAGAGCCCCAUGAUGAUAAGCCCCAUGGCCAGGAGCCCCAUGAUGAUAAGCCCCAUGGCCAGGAGCCCCAUGAUGAUAAGCCCCAUGGCCAGGAGCCCCACGGUGAUGAGCCCCAUGGCCAGGAGCCCCACGGUGAUGAGCCCCAUGACAAGGAACCCAUUGAUCAGGAGAUGCGCAGUGAAGAGCCCCACAGUGAAGAGUCUCAUGGUGAUGAGCCCCAUGGUGAAGAGUCCCAUGGCCAGGAGAAAGUUGAAGAUGCUACCAUUCAGGCCUCAGUUUCUGAAGAGCAUCAGAAAGAUGACGCUGGUGAUGCAAUCUAUGAAUGCCAGGACUGUGGGCUGGGCUUUACUGAUCUCAAUGACCUCACAAGCCACCAGGACACCCAUAGCAGAAAGGCUCUGGUUGACAGUCGUGAAUAUGCACAUUCUGAAGUUCAUGCCCACUCCGUCAGCGAAUUUGAGAAAAAAUGCUCUGGAGAGAAACUAUAUGAAUGUCCAAAAUGUGGGGAGUCUUUCAUUCACAGCUCGUUACUUUUCGAGCACCAGAGAGUUCACGAACAAGACCAGCUGUAUUCCGUAAAGGCCUGUGAUGACGCUUUCAUCGCUCUGUUGCCCGUGAGACCAAGGAGAAAUUGCACUGUUGAAAGGAAUCCUGCCGUUUCUGGGUCAGCCAUUCGAUGCCGUCAGUGUGGACAAGGCUUCAUUCACAGUUCUGCCCUAAAUGAGCACAUGAGACAGCACAGAGAUAAUGAAAUAAUGGAACAGAGUGAGCUUUCAGAUGAGAUUUUCAUUCAAGGCCUAGCCCUCACUGAGUAUCAGGGGAGUGAAACAGAAGAGAAGCUUUUCGAGUGCACAAUCUGUGGGGAAUGCUUCUUCACUGCCAAACAGCUCGGGGACCACCACACCAAAGUUCACAAGGAUGAGCCCUAUGAGUAUGGGCCCUCCUACACCCAUGCCUCCUUUCUCACCGAGCCCCUCAGGAAGCACAUCCCACUGUACGAAUGCAAAGAUUGCGGCCAGUCCUUCCUAGACGACACUGUCAUCGCUGAGCGCAUGGUGUUUCAUCCUGAGCGAGAAGGUGGGUCAGAAAUAGUAGCUGCCACUGCCCAAGAGGUCGAAGCCAAUGUCCUCAUCCCACAAGAAGUACUGCGAAUCCAGGGGUCAAAUGCAGAAGCUGCUGAGCCCGAAGUGGAGGCUGCAGAGCCCGAGGUGGAGGCUGCAGAGCCUGAGGUGGAGGCUGCAGAGCCUAAUGGAGAGGCUGAAGGGCCAGAUGGAGAAGCUGCUGAGCCUGAUGGCGAGGCUGAGCAGCCCAAUGGAGAGGCUGAACAGCCAAACGGUGAUGCUGACGAGCCAGACGGAGCCGGGAUCGAAGACCCAGAAGAGAGAGCUGACGAGCCUGAGGAAGACGUCGAAGAGCCAGAGGGAGAUGCAGAUGAGCCCGAUGGUGCAGACAUUGAAGACCCAGAAGAGGAAGGAGAAGAUCAAGAGAUUGAGGUUGAAGAACCAUACUACAACUGUCAUGAAUGCGCAGAAACGUUCGCUUCCAGCUCAGCCUUUGGCGAGCAUCUGAAAAGUCACGCCAGUGUGAUCAUCUUCGAGCCGGCCAAUGCUCCUGGAGAGUGCUCUGGCUACAUUGAACGGGCCAGCACCAGUGCAGGUGGUGCGGAGCAGGCAGACGACAAGUACUUCAAAUGUGAUGUGUGCGGGCAACUCUUCAACGACCGCCUCUCCCUUGCCAGACACCAGAAUUCUCACACUGGUUGAGUAACCAGGCUGAAGAAAAGAAGAGCAAAGCCAAACCUUCUUCCCAGAACCAGACCCUUAAUAAAUCACAAAGAGAGCCUAAACCAACCCAUAAUGUCUAUAAGAAAUUCACCUUCCUGUAUACAUACCGGACUUCACAUCAAAGACUUUCACUCUCAUCACAGACUGAAAAAAGAAAAGACAUUGAACGCAGGGACUCUUUCAGUUUUAGCUGUUCCCUAUGGAACAUCAGUGUAUAUUUGGGAAAGCUAGAGUGAACAUCUACAUCUUCCAUUUCAUCUAAGUAACUAGAUUGAGGGAAAACCUAGUGACAAUUCCAGACCACAGAGGUUGCCCCAGUCGACUGUAAAUGAUACCCCUUUCAUACCCUAUACAUAAUGAUUCCUGCCAUGUAUAUAAAUGAGCAAAUCAGUGAUACAUAUAUUUGGAUUUAGUGUGCUAUAGAAUUUACAGUUUACUCUACAGAGCUACCUAGCCUGGUACUCUGAUUUUUUCCCUGAGGAGGAAGAGAGCAACAAUUUAGCAUAUAUUUGUAAGUAUUGUCCAUGCAGAAGCUUUUCUGUGCAUCAUUUGAACCCCAUUAGUAUCCUUUCCAGUAAUGGAGUGUUCUGUCCCCUACCUCUUAGAUAGUCCUGUGAAGGUGUGGGUGUGAAAGAUCGUGUGUCUUUGAAUCCUGGCUGUGUGGAAACAGGCAUUUUAGCUUCUACAGCCAUUUGGUGUGCACCCAGACCCCUUGAGACUGAUUGUGUAACCCUUUACAAUAUAUGGAUUUGUCUCUGUGACCCAAAUCAACCCAUCCCUACAUUUAUAUACCUUACAGUGGUUUUCUUGCAAAAAAAAAAAAUGUUACAUUUGAGGUGUUCUUUAAGGUUUGGGUUUUUGUUUUCUAACCAACUCAUCGUGUGUUUGAUAGUGAAUUCAUGAAACCUGAAGCUUUUCCCUGUAAAUCUUAAUGUCUUUGCCUUUAAAGAGUGGGUGACAACCAUCGCUAGAUCACAGUAGUGCCUAAUGAAAGGUUGGGAACCACAGGAGAGGCUCUUACAUUGUAAAUAAGGAAGCAAACUGACAACCUUUCAUUAGCUGCUGUGUGCUUCCUGCCUUAAGUGACAAGUGGCAGCGUCGCUUGAGUCACCUGUGUGGUGUUGUAUUGUGCUUGCCACAAGUCAGUGUGCUCCCUGGGUGCCCAGGAGCUAGAAUCCUUAGAUCUUUGUGUCUCCAGACUUAAUUCCCCUGUUCUCUAUGUGUCUGUCAACCCCAAGUCUAUCGCAUUUUAAGAAAAGCAAACACACACACACACAUACACACACACACACAAAGCUUUCUUUAUAGUUAAUCCUAGCUUACUUAACAUGGACUCAGGUUCCCCAGCAGCCUUAAGUUUUUUUGUUACCAUCGUUCUUUCUCAUGGAGUCUCCUUAGUAUUUCUGAGCUUUCCAUUUAGUGUGCCAUCUGUCUCCAUGUCACCUGAUGUCACAAACUGACUUCCCAGCUUGAGAUUUUCUGCGUCCGAUACACGGACUGCGUGCGCUCCUUUACUUCCCCUCCCCUCAUGGCUAUAGAAAGACAAUUUUUUGGCCUUCAGUUGGCUGGGGAAAAAAAAAUUUAAAAAUUUAAAAAAUUAAAAAAAAUAAAGCGGAUCUGUAGCCGAAAGAUCGCAAGAUAAGUACAGAUCAUCUGAGAACGUGAACAGAGUUUACCUGCUGGAGAAAGCGGUCUGACUCUCAGACUUCUAGAUCUGUAGAUCCGGGGCUCAUGAGGGAGUGUGCCAGAGCCUCAGUGAAUGCCAAAGUCUUCAGAGGUUGGAGACCUAAAGGCAAGAAAUAGAAAUGAGUGAGCCAAAGAAGGGAGUUCCAAGAUGACAGCAGAUCUAGGAAGGAGACCAGACAGACUAAAGAAGAUACCAGCAGCAGGGAUUGGAAGGUCAGGGUGGUAAAAACAAAUUAGAAAGAAGUGUCCUGGAGAGUUGGAAGAAAGGCCUUUUGGAUGGCUUCGUGUAGGUGAAGACCAGCUGCAUAGAGAGAGCCCCAGGUUGGAACUGACAUCCAGAGAAACAGAGGGGCAAUGAUUCACUGGUGAGGCUCCCUUGAAAUGGAAGUCAGUGUCAUAGCCAUCUGGGUAAAUGUGGGGACUCGGUAUCAGUGACAGACAGUGUCACCCCCACUAGACCCUUUUCAGAAAGUGACUCAUCAAGAAGUCUGAGUUGAGUGUCCAUUCUAACUGUAACCAAGUGAGUAGAUCAGGAACAAUUAAAGUGCCAGACUAUGGAAGAGUAAUUUAAUCAAAGUGCCCUGGAUUCUUAUGCAGUUGUUCAAUAGUGAUAACCACAGAGAGUUGUGAAGUAGAUAUUCUCCAAGUAUGAGAUGGAGAAAGCAGGACACAAAAUCAUAUUUGUACUACACUUAUAACUGUUUUAAAAUGUACGCUUAUAGUCAAAAGCUAUUGUGUUGUUGUAGGCUUAUAGUCAAGCAUUAUUUUCUUAAAUUUCUAGAAUGUUCUUUAUGGUAGUGUUAUUCAAAAGUUAAGAAUCAUAUUUCCAUUGUGAGCAUAAUUGGAACUCUUUAUGAAACACUUGGAAAAUAACAGAGAAGUGGAGAAAGAUAACCCAUGUCCCCACCAUCCAAAGAUAGAUAUACUCUUUAAUACCUUGUUUAUUCUUGUUGCUGUGCACAGACUUAUAUAUUACAACUGUGUCAAAAUGUGUAUUCAAGAUAGCUGUUCUAGUAUUUCCUGUGUAAUUACGGUAAAAUACUUUGAAGUUUCCCUAUGUUCCUUGUAAUAGUCGCCUGAUAAUAAAGUUUAGUAUGUAAUAUCACCACCAUAAGCAUACUAUGUACCCAGUGAAAAUUGGAAAAUAAGUAAAAUUGAACAGAAAACUUUGCCCACACUCCCCAUACCCAACAACUGUUAAGAUCUUCAUCUGUGUCCUUCAUUUCAUGUCAUUGCACAAAUUUGUGAUUAAAACAGUGUUAAAUAGAUUUGCAUAAUGCCUAAAACAAACAGAAAUGUGGGAAACAAUUAAAAAUAGUGUUUUUUUGGGGGGGGGGUUCAUGGUUAAAUGUUUUGUUUAAGAUUUCUUGAAUAAUCUUCAGUGUUUGGGUAACAAACUUUACGUAUGUACUCUGCAUCACAAAUAUAAGGCAUACUCAAAGAAAACUGGGAAACUGAAGUGAAGUCGAGAAAAACUGUAUUUCCAACAAACUUCUGGUAACGCCUGGAUCUGUGCCCCACUGGUGUGAUUGUGAGGUUUUCCAUGACAAGUGCGUAGUGUCAACAGCAGGAAGAAAUGUGGAAAGGUGUGGAAUGGCAGGGCAGUUGUGGCGGAAUUACAGUGAGCUGUAUUUUCUCAGUUUCUUUGAGGGUUCUUUGUCAUAGUGUUCUAGCAGGCUGCCCGUAUUGCUUAUAUAUGCAGUACGUGACCAUUCUAGUAGCCUUGAAGAUGUGCAAAUGUAGAAGAGAAACUCACCCAUAUUGUCAUUACCCAAAGACUGUGUUAACAUCUCCAUUUGUUUUCUUUGUCUUGUUUCUGUGCACAGGCUUUUGGUUUGUUAAUAUGGCUGUAGUUGGUCUAUCUUGUAAUAGUGUCAUCAAUAAAAAUAAAGUUAAAAAUAAGAUAA